AUGGGUUCCACUGUAUCUGACACGGACGACUUCGAGUCCCAGCUGCGUGUCUUCCACAAUGUCUCCCGAUACCUCCCCACGGAUGAUGCUAACCAGGUCUUCUGGUGGCAGACGACGGGGCGACACUUCGCGCGCAUGAUGCACGAGGGUCGCUACCCGGAAGCCCGCCAGGUCGAGCUGCUGCUCUUCUACCGGUUCGUGAUCGCCCCACGUCUGGGGCCCCGGCCGACCAGCGCCACCCCCGGAUUCCGCAGUCGGGUCGCCCCGGGGGUGGGCGAUGGCUCGCCGAUCGGCUACAGCUGGCGCUGGGGCACUGGCCCGAACACCAAGCCCCUGAUCCGGCACUACAUCGAGGCCAUCGGCCCCCUGACGGGGACGACGGCCGACCCACUGAAUGAGUUUGCCGCCAAGGAGAUGCUGCACCAUUUGGGCCAGCUGGUGCCCGGGGUAGAAUUGCCCCUGGCGUGGAAGUUUGGCGCGCACAUUCGACCCAGUCUGACGGACGAGUCCACACGGGCGGUGGCGGGCUCUUCCAUCCUGAUCGGCCUGCAAUGCGCCCCUGACUCGCCGGACGUCGAGGUGAUGGCGGGCCUGAUGACCCGGUCGCCGGCGCAGGUCCCCGAGCUGCUACCCACGAUCUUCCCGCGGGCCAUGCGCGACGCCUACGGGCCGGACGCGUCGCUGGACGUGCUGAACAUGGUGCGCGAAUUUGUGGAGCACGACCCGCAGGGCAAGUACCUCACGAUCCUGGGCACGACGGCGAUCGAUUGCUGCGACGUGGCGACCUCGCGGUUCAAGGUCUACGUGACGACGACCAACACCACGUUCGACCACCUGGCAGCCGUGAUGACGUUGGGUGGCCGCAAGCCCGAGUUUGCCGAGUCGCUGGCCCAGCUGAAAGAGCUAUGGUACGCGCUCAAGGGGCUGGACCCCGAAUUCCCGACGACGGCCGAAGCCCCGAGCAACGCUCACUCGGUCGUCAGCAACGGGACGACUAACGGCAAACCGAACGCCAAUGUCAGCGGCGUUACCUUCUACUUUGACAUUCAUCCCAAGUACAAAUAUCCCCACGUCAAGCUGCAGGUCGACGUCAGCAAGCAUGCGACGAGCGACCUGGAUGCCAUUCACGCCGUGACGGGGUUCCUGGAGCGCCGUGGGCAGGGUACCGACGCGCAAGCCUACCUCAACGUUGUGCGCGCCAUGGUCUCGGAUGAGGAGCUGCGCACGCGACGCGGCUUACAGGCCUUCUUUGCCUUUGCCUUCAAGGGCGGCGAAGUGGACAUCACAUCGUACUUCCUGCCUCAGGUCUACCGGCGGUAUGCGGAGAUUCAGGAAGAGUUGGCACCGAAGGAGGAGGGUAAUUCCGAGGGGGGGAUGAGUCCCCGGUCACAGCGCCGGAGUCGCUUUGAGUCCUACUAG